UGCAAAUAAAAAACAUCACUGAGUUUGGCACGGAGAAAAAGUGUAAAACCCUUAAAAAAAGCACCCUUUUAGCUUGACAACCAACUCUCUCCCCCACGUAUCUUUUGAACAAAUGCCUUAAUUCUUGUUAAUCCAUCGGAAUCUAGUGCGGGUUACCAGAAGACUAGUGUUCUUAAGCGAAUAUAAUGAACUCGUUCUAAAUGGAGUUGGAAGUUCAAGACAACGAUGUUUACGGACUGGUCGGUAAGCUCUGCGAGAGUAUAUUUCGGAGGAAGCACUCGGUUGCUUAUCAGGACGAGCACCAGUCCUAUUUGUCCCGGGAGGAGGACGAUGGCAAGCAACUCCGGAGACUCAAGGUCAAAGCCUACGAGAUUCUACUGAACAAGUCGCCCCAGGAUUAUGGAUACGAUGACACAGAGCGCGAUCCGAUAGUCGAGUUGCUGAAACAUGUGUUUGUCCUCAACACGGAGGCUGGCUGUUUUUCCCAAGCAGUAGAGUUGCAAAAGUACUUGGACGAGUUUAUAAACCAAGGUCUGGAGCAAGACUCGACAAUCUAUUCUAUCUUGCAGUUUCUCAACUGUCUCAAGUCCAUCAAAAAUGACAGUGACGACGAUUCUUUGGAUGUAUUUCACUAUGAUAAACCGCAUCCAUCGCUUCCUGAAGUGUACAGUGAAUAUCAAAUUUAUCCAGCAGAGGCAUUUCACUUGCCUCAGUCUUUUCAGGAUUUGUUGAAUCAAGAAAAAGACGGUUUUGUCAAGUACAAUUCUGUUGAGCCUGGAAGCCAGCUGACUCUGCUUGGAAGGUUCACAUUUCCAAUCAAUAGUAAAAGUAUCAGGUCCAAUGAUAUUAUUAACUUAAACGUAGCACACCGCACAACCUACCUUCCAAGGGGGAUGAAUUUAAAAUUCGGUUCUUAUUUUUUACCUCAAAUAAAGGAUAUAGAAACGCCGGAAGACUAUCUUCAACCCUGUAUCGAAGGUAUCGUAACUGAACCAGAGUCCCCAUGGCAGGUGAUUGAUCCUUUGGAGUCACUUGUUAAGAGUAACCAAGCAAAUAAUACUGAAAUUUGUGAAAUAGAAGAAAAUGAGACAGAGGAACGGUUAGUAAAUAUUGGUAAAAUAUGGGAACAAAUGGACAAAACUUCUCCACUUACAAAUCAUGCCACUUGGGAGACUUUAGGUCUCUCUGAACCUCCUAAAGAACCGCCGUUUGCAUCAGAAUCCGUUGAGGCUACAAUCCAUUUGAAUAACGUUGCACAAGAUAUACUGCUGAAUCCAAGCACAUUAAACUCUCCAAUAAUCAAUGUUUCUAGUACAAAAUUCAUAAAGGAUAUUGAGCUAUUGUUACUCGGUGUUGAAACAACUACCUUUAUCUACAACUACGCGCGAGGCUUUGAGUUAAGAAAUGGUAUAGUUACAAAUGGCAUGUGCUCAGAAACCCUACAAAAUCUUUGUGGAGAAGUGACACGCUGGGGUACUUGUUUUAAAAAUCUUUCGGAUCUCAUAGUUAUUGAUCCCCAAACCGGUAAAUUGCAAAUAGAAGGAUUAAUUUUUAAGGCACUAUGCAGUAGUAUCAAAGAAUUUCUAUUGUUCUACCACUCUGCUGUUCUUAAAGUUUCCAUUGCAGAAAUUAAAAAUAAAGGACUGUUAAAUUUUUUAAAUAAAAUCAGACCACUUGGUAAUUUGAUUUUAAAAGUGGCACAGUUAUGCCGUUGUGAUAGCCAAAGAGUCACUUCGCUGGACGAAGGUAUCGGUAUUUUAACGCACAUUUACAAAGAAGUAACAAAGGUUACGGAGCAAAAUGUUGCUCUGGUAUUUUAUUCAAUUUUAAAGGAAUGCUGCGAAGUCUAUUUUCGAUUACUACAACGUUGGAUUUUUGAGGGUAUUUGCUCAGAUAUCUACGACGAGUUCAUGAUCACUGCGAGGCCUAAAUACGUUCGAAAUCGUGGCUACCAUUUCUGGACCAAAGCUUUUAGCAUAAAUAAAAAAUCAGUGCCUGGCUUCUUGUCGGAUCUCACUGACUCAAUUUUGCAAUGCGGUAAAGCCGUAAUGUUACUGAAAAUCUGUGAUCCGAAAAAUCCGCUCUGCCGAUUGUCAAGCUCGAGUCAAUCGGAGAUCAGAGUGUGUUUAAGUAUGGGUAUGUUGAGAGACCAGAUCAAGUUUUACGAGGAAUACACAAUUAGAGGUGAACUGGAACAAGAGAAGGAGGUGUCUAUGUGCACUGCUAUUCAACAGCAAAAGGAAGCUGAAAAAAACAGAGCUGAGCUUGUGAUUGCUGCACAGCGGGAUACAUUACACAGAUUAAAAAAGGAACGGGAAAACUCGCUUAAAAAAGUUAGGAAGGAAAAAAUUGAACUAUUGGAGCAAUUAAAAAUUCAAGCCCAGGAAGUGACCGAGAGAAAAGAAAAGGAACGGGAUGCAGAACUGCUCGCGGAUAAACUUUUGUUGGAACAAAUUAAAAAACACGAGGAAGAAGCAAGAAAGCUAGAAGAGGCGGAGAGACUAAAGACUGCCAAGUACUACAGCGAGUUGGCAGAGGAAGUUGAAAAACGUAAAAUACGUGCAAAAUGGCGCACAAAAAGGAUGGAAUUAUUCGAUGAAAGGAUGGAAGUCAUUCAUAAUAUGAAGAGAGAAUUCGAGGGUACCUCGAAUACCGACGAGUUUUUAGACACUCGUGAAAAAGAGCCCGUAAAAGUGCAUGAAAAGUAUACAAGCGACAUUAAUGCGGAGAAACAUGAAAGCACAGAUACCGAAAGCGUCGUUAUCACCGUUCCUACCACAAAUGAAAAUGCAGAAUCAUCGAGUAGAGAUGAAAAUUACAAUCCUACCUCUGCCAAAGUAGAUGACUCGUCUUUAAAUAAUCAAAACGCCAAUUUCGAGAAAGACGACAAUCAAAAUAUUAGGCCUCUCGAUGAUGAAAAUCAAAACUGCGUCAGCAUGCAGGAGCAACAACGUCAGAGCAACGAUAGCGAACGUCCUGCGACUACGAAAGCGGUCAGACCAACAGUGCUCGACAUUACAAAGGUAAAUACUCAAAGAUACGGAAGUGAUGCACUUGACAGUCUCCAAAACGAAAAAACUAAAAUCCUGGAUCAUUCAACAUUGGAUUUAUUGAGGCUGGGAGAAAUAGAUAACAUGACAGAGGCUCAGAGGAACAAGUUUAAGAUUCUCCAGCAGGCGUACGGAUUCACGCCAAACAAUAACGAGUCUUCAACUAUACUAUUCGCCUUAGGAAACACCGACAAUCAGUCAGAGCUGACAGAGAUCCAUCAGAAUAGGCUGAGAAAUACACAGCACUUGACGCACUUAAAUUGGAACGAUGUAGACAGCAAAGAUACAAAGGAAGUUGUAGAACACUCGUCGGAAGAGCAGACGGAGAUCCAAAGGAACAGGAUUAGGAAUACACAACACUUGACGCACUUAAAUUGGAACGACGUCGUAGACAGCGAAGGUACCAAGGAAGAUGUAGAAUACGUAUUGAAAAAGCAGACAGAGAUUGAACGAAACAGAUUAAGAAAUACGCAGCAUCUGACUGAUUUCAACUACAACAACACGCAAACAAAAAAAGAAACAUCGAACAAGCAGUCGUUAACGGAGUCCGAGGUCAACAGGAAUAGGGUAAUGUCUCCGGAAGACGUCUCCGAGUCUCUUACGAAACCACCUGCAGAAACUUUGACCGACUGGCAGCGCAAUCGAAACCGUAACAUGGCUCACAACGUUGACCGCUAUGACUUUGAUAUCAACCGGUUUCCCGAGCCUGAAUGUCAAAAAGAAACCCCAAUGUCGACGACAACGGAUCACUUCACCACCUCCACGCACAGUAGUUCAAUGCAGGUCCAUAGCUGCGAAAACACGCCCUUCUCCGAGUACGCCAAUAACUGCGACAUGAUGUGCGCUAGAUCGUCGGAUGGCAUGUCCACAGAUGAAGUUACCUCGCAGCUGAGCCACAACUCCAAGUUCGUCCAAGAUACCCCCUCGUUUCCCAAUUUCUUUGGAUUUGGCUCUUUACUUAAUAUACCGGCCAAUGAAAACCACCAUCAGCAGCAACAGCUCACCGCUGCAGAUGUCGAGAUGAUCGACACGACGUCCUUGCAAGUGUAUCUGGAAAAGUCCGUCCUUGUGCCUUUAAGGGCACAGAGUCGGCUUGUCAAUAAUGCAAUAAUCAAGUACUUUUUAACCGAGCACAAAAUACUAUCCCACCUACAAAGCCUGAGGAGCUACUUUUUUUUAUUGAACGGCGAAUUCGCCAAAACACUAACUCACUCGUUGUUUACGCGGUUGUACGAGAUUUCUGAGCCAACUGAACUUUUCAAUCCGUCGGUUCUGAUGAACAUUUUGGAAAAAGCGAUAGUGAGUUCGUUAAGUGGUACAUACGCCAACUCGGAACUUCUCAGCAUAUCAGUUACCGAAGUACCCCCUUAUUUGCAGACGUCGAAUCCAGAGAUACUCGGCUGUCUAUCCUUAAACUACAAAAUCUCGUGGCCUCUAAACAUAAUAUUCAACGAUAUCUUGAUGGAACAAUACAGUAAAGUAUUCAAAUUCCUAUUGAUGGUUGGGCGCGUAUUCUGGGCCCUGCAAGAGGAUUUCCAAAUCCUGAAGAUCGCCAGAAAAGCCUCUGUUUCGCAGAACCAUCACAAGCUGCAACUGUACCGACACUCCAUGAUGCAAUUCAUGAAUGCGCUACACACUUACUUGACCUGUAGCGUUUUACACGCCAGCUGGUCGGAGUUUGAACACGAGCUCGAAAACGCCAAGACUCUCGACGACGUUUAUAACACGCACGUUCGUUAUAUAAGGAAGAUUUUGUCGAGAUGUAUGCUGAAUGUAAGGGGAGAACCGAUGCGCACCUGUUUGUACAACAUUUUCAAAAUCGUUUUAAAGUUCCACAACCGUAUAAGAUCGCAAAACUGGACCGACGAGUCGAAACCGUCGUUCAAGCCAAACUACAAGGAAAUCGAGCGCAUGUACAUGGCGUUUUGCGAGCAGCGACACUACCUGGCCCAUGUAGCCGAAAAACUUGCCAACUGCGGCUAUCAGCCCCAUCUAAUGCAAUUUCUGCACGCGCUCAACAUCAAUCACCGUUAUGAUCUCAUCGCGAAGAAGUAAAAAUAUUUCAACAGAUCAUUCUGUUUCACAAAAUUUUUAUUCUCUAUAUAUUCCCAUUGCUGGGAAAUGAGGUGGAAGAAACUUGGUGAGAUUGUUUAUCUUUUUCAAUAGUCGAAUUCGGAAGGUUUAUAUGUGUAUGAAUCAAGCCGUCAGAUGAAGUGAGAUUAUUAGUAAAGUAAUCAAUAAGAGCUUUAAUUAUCUUGCCAUAAAAAAAAAAAUUGGUAGCCAUUCGUACAACUUUCCUGCAAUAAGCUAAACGAAAUGUUUCGCUGGCGAUGCACGUUUGGCGCCAACCCAGUAACUUCGAAGAGAUUUGCAUCUCCUGCUCGGUAUUUAUCAAUCGAUCAAAUUCUUGCCGUUUUCGCGAACGACCAAAAUCCUGGUAAAUACUGAGAAGAAAAAAAAAUUAUUUUAUUAACCUACUACAUACCAAUGCUCUGAUAACUGAUUAUCUCUUAUUAUGUAAGUAUCGUGUUAUUGUUCUUUUACAACCAUUGCAUCUGAUUUGCCUAAAAAAUAAAAGUCGAUUCGGUUUAUUGUAUAUAGUUUAGUAAUACGAGUGUUGCAAUUUGCUUUGUUUAAAAAAGUGAGUUUUAAGAUUGUAAAUAUUUAUUGCUAUUACGAUAUUGAGAAGGGUGCUAGUUUUGCGAAAAAAUCAAAAAGUAUUAUUAGUGCUUUCCACGCUUGCUCAAAAAAAAAAAUAAGCACAAAUAUCAAUGAGUUUUUAUACUAAUUACAACUCCGUCGAGUAUUUUGUAAGAGUUGCCUCGUUGUACAUAAUUACGUUGCUUAGUUUUUCGAUUGUGAUAAGUUUCAGGUAUGAAGCAUUUUUAAAAUCGAAAUGUUACACGCUCGUUAUCAUUAAGUUUCUUAUUAUCAUCAUUACUAUAAAACUAUAUUCAUAGUUCAAAACACUAUUUACAAUAAAAGAAGUUUUUUGAAACGCAAAA